UUACAUUAAAACCCUGCCAGUAUUGCUCCGGCCGUCACGGAGAAUGGUCGUGUCGUUGAUCUGACAAUAACCGGCUCCGCGUGCAUAAUCCAAAGUCGAAUUCCGCCAACGUUAUAAGUGCACAUUGUAAUACUUUCGAAUAAAGUUUUAAUAUAUGUGUUAUGUGACUGUGUUUUAUGUUUUUGGACCAUACGAUACCGUGACUGGAACAUCAUAAAGAGAGCCAUGUGGUCAGGCAAGAAGUGUUCAGAGGGGGGCGCCGGUACACCCACUGAAGAGGAGGUUAAAGUAGUACUUGUGGGUGACACUCAGUGCGGCAAAACAUCACUCGUUCAGAGAUUUGUGUCUGACACUUUUGUUGAGGCUUACGCUCCAACUGGCUUUGAGAAAUAUGGGUACACGUGCACUGUGGCCGAUUAUAAAGUCAACUUCUCUGUUUGGGACACCUCGGGAACAACAGCAUACGACACCGUCAGGCCCCUGGCGUAUCAGGAUGCGAAGAUAUUUAUGAUCUGUUUCAACAUAGCUGAACCAGAGACCUUAAAUAAUUCAGCCGCAAAGUGGUAUAGAGAAGUACGGACUCAUGGAGGUUCAGCUCCAGUUUUACUGUGUGGAUGUAAGGCGGAUCUCAGACACGACAAAGAAACCCUCACUAUGUUGUCCAAGCUCAGAACUCACCCAGUCACCAGUGAAGAGGCUCUAUCAGUAGCGAGACAGCUUGGUGCGACGACAUAUGUAGAGACGUCAGCUAGAGCAUCUAGCAAGGGAGUGAAAGAUGCCUUCGAGGUAGCAGCUUUAGCAGCUCUCGGGAAACUUAACAAACAACAAAUGAAGCAACAGAAGCAAGUGGGACGUAGUAAGAGCAAACGCGAUCUGAAAGCUGAGCUGAAGGGAAGAGCGAAAAGUUGUUGCGUCAUGUGAUCCGUGGCCGGCCACCCAUCCAGGUGGCCGCACGACUGUUAGGUGACCGCCACCCUUCAAGAAUCAAGUUCGAAACAUUUAACGUAAAAAUUAAACAAAUACUUGGUUAAACAUGUAACCAAGGAACACUUUCCGGUCUAAAAAAGCGCCUUGUGGAACCCUUAACUGGCUUGCGAUGAAAACCAAGCUACAUACUAAAGACUUUUGAAAUUAUUAAGUGAACUUCAAAUUCAAAAUACGUUACUAAACAAAAAAUACACUAACAUAAGGAUGAAUAUUAUUAUCUUGAUAUUUUUAGUGUAAUUGGAACAGAGUUCGUUUUAAUAAAUUUAUAAUAAGUACUAGAAAAUUAUUUGAAAUCGUUGAACUAAGGUGCAAUGAAUGACCCCCAGGGUUAAGAGCGUGAAAAGCCUGUGAUAAUGUUAAAAUGUAGCGUUUGGAUAACAGUAGGAAAGAUUGGAAAUUAGUGAGGCAUAGACGCUCUUCUUCCUUGUUUAUGGACACGGCGAUAAAGGUUUUAUAUUUACUUAUAUAUAACAAGCAUUACAUAUUUCAAUGUGUUUCAUAUACAUAACAUAGAAUAAAUAUUAAAUCGAUGUUUUCUAUAAAAUAUAAUAAAUAGAUAUAACAUUUUGAAUAUAUUUGAUGUGCUCAAAUUGUUUAGCGAUUUUUCGGAUGACGUUAGGGUUUUGGGACGUUUGAUGAAUCGAAGUUUUAUUUGUGAUAUAAAUACGUAAAGUAUUUUAAUACGGAUAUGCACAAUGAUGGACAAUACUUACUACGGCGGUCCACACACUUAGUUCCACGUCCAUAUUGCUGUUAGAGUAGAUUUUUGUACUUUUUAAUAAGUGAGAUAAGUGUUGCUUGUAACGAUAUCAUUAUUACGAGUGUAUUCGAAAUUGUCUUCGGUGUCUAUGAUAUGCAAUUUUUUGAGGAAUGUCAGAGGAUUAUAUAAGAUUAGAAAACAAUUUCCACUUUUCAUGUGUCGUAGUUCUCGAGCUGUUGUAAUAAUUUGGUAUAAUUAUUAAUAAUAAAACGAUGAAAUUUCCAAUGAGGGUUUAGACGAAAUACGAAAUUACUAUUUUUUUAUUACGAUCGGAAAUAUUCACUAUUUAAAAUUAUUUUACAGUUUAUUCUUAUCCCUUAUACAAAGUUAUUCAAAUGACGCUUUUUUAUAUAAGCAUAUAGAAAAGCGCUUAUUCUAAAGGCGCGUUCUAUUGUUGAUAGACCAUGAGAGCAUUUUAUAAAUCAUCAAUCGUAUUUUGUUUAAAUUGUUUGUAGGUUCUAAAAGCUUUAAAUUCAAGUUUAGCUUUAAUUACUGUGUAAAAGUUGUUGCUGUAUUUAAUGAUAUAAUAAUAUUUUUUUAAUAUAUUACUUUUAUUUAUGAACAUAUUAUCACAUUCUCACAUGUCUUCUUUGUCGUCAAACAAAACAUAUCAUAAAAAAUAUUCAUUUAUUCAUAAUUUUAAUGGGAAUAUUUUUAUUUUUAAAUUAUUGAAAUGUACCAAUGAUGAAAGGCUAAUAUAAAAAUAUGUGAAGUAGGCAGCGUUAAUGAAGAUGUUAUGAACAUUACACGUAUGUUGUAGAUUGAAUUGUGGUUGAUAACAAUUGCUUCUAUGUAAAUGCUAUUGAGGUUUGUUUAAGUUUUUCUGCGAUUUAGUGUAAUAUAACAUAGUUUCUUUCGUAGAAUUUUUAAUUAAGUCACUUGAAUGUUGUUUCUAGAAUACUGAAUAUAGAUUUCAAUGUUUUUUGAAA